UCAAAACUCGUGACCUAUAUUGUAUGCCUCAUGUUUUUUACUGUCUAUAUGUUUAAUCUUUAAAUACCCCACAAAAUCCUAUAUCAGUCGCUCUCUCAUGCAUUAUUCUUGAAUUUUUCAGCUUGGCCUAUAGAACAAUUAUUAAUCUUGUGUUGUAAUUGAAAUAAGAGCCAUAUGGCUAGUUUUUGUAAGAAAUCUAUGAUUCUGUUCCUUUUGGUGGCUAUUAGUUUUUUGAUUUCUUGUUCUAAUGCAACUGGGCUUAAGAAAUUUGAUCACCCAACUAAAGGUAAUGGCAAUGUUAGAUUCUUGGUUAUUGGUGACUGGGGACGUAAAGGUGAUUAUAAUCAAUCUGCUGUUGCUCUCCAGAUGGGAAGAAUUGGAGAGGAAUUAGACAUAGAUUUUGUAGUUUCAACAGGUGAUAAUUUUUAUGAUAAUGGAUUAACAGGGGAAGAUGAUCCAAAUUUUCUAGAGUCUUUUACCAAUGUUUAUACAGCAAAGAGCUUGCAAAAGCAAUGGUAUUCAGUAUUAGGUAACCAUGAUUACAGGGGAGAUGCAAUAGCUCAACUUAGUCCUUACCUUAGGAAAAUUGACAGUAGAUGGAUUUGUUUGAGAUCUUUCUUGAUCAAUGCAGAAAUUGCUGAAAUAUUUUUGGUGGAUACAACUCCAUUUGUGAAAGAGUAUUUUGUGGAAACAGAACAUACUUACGAUUGGCGUAAUGUGAUGCCUCAAAAGACAUAUACAGACAACGUAUUAAAAGAUCUUGAGAAUGCGUUAUGUGAAUCAACAGCAAAAUGGAAAAUAGUAGUGGGACAUCAUGCCAUUAGAAGUGUAGGACAUCAUGGUGAUACUAAUGAACUUGUGGACCGUCUUCUUCCUAUCCUUAGGGCAUAUGAUGUAGAUAUAUACAUGAAUGGCCACGACCAUUGCCUUGAGCACAUCAGUGAUAGCGAAAGCCCCAUCCAAUUUUUAACGAGUGGAGCAGGAUCAAAGGCAUGGAGGGGAGAUGUGAAAUCCUUGAACAGAGAAGGAAUGAAUUUCUUCUAUGAUGGACAAGGUUUCAUGUCUGUCCAAAUGACACCAACUCACGUAGAGAUUGAGUUCUAUGAUGUUUUUGGCAACGUUCUACAUAAAUGGAGUAGGUCUAAGCAACUGCUUCACACAGCUAUUUAGAUUUUGCGUUUUCUGUUUAUUCAGAAACACAAAGGGUAGUUUACGAUAGAGUAUUCGGGUUUUAAGUGCGGCUGAUCUAUUUUAUAUAUGUUGAUGAAGUGAGAAUUCAUUCAUAAUUGAUCGAGAUUGAAUGAUAAAAAUAGAAUCUUGUAAAUAGUUGAAGAUAGAUGUGGAAGAAAUUGGCAAGGCCGAAGAGCCAUUUGGUAUUUUGUCAAUUAGAAUAAAGACAGUCUACUUGAUGUUAGGGUUUAUUGUAGCCCAAGAAUUGUUGUUGUACCUAGUUGUUAAUUUACAAUGUAACAACCAGGAAUUCAAGAACAAAAUGUGUUACGAAGAAAA